GUGACGCCAAAAGGAGCGCUACCAACUCAGCGUCACAAAGCCCGUCACUUCGUAAUCAAUCGAUCGACCGAUCAAACACAUAACCAUCAACCACAGCAAGCCCACACUGCCGAAUUCCAUCAUGAGCCCUGGCGUUCCUAAUGGAGAGCCUGUCGUCGGAAGCGAUGGAUCGCGAAAAAAGGGCAAGGCGACGCCCGAAACACUCGUGGUCGGGUGCAUCGCGAUGGUGGAGAAAAACGGCCAGCCUCGGCGCGCAGAGAUCCUAGGCAUUAAGGACACAAAGAGCGGCCGCCAGUGCUAUUGCAACUUUGACAAUUUCAACAAGCGACUUGACGAAUGGGUUCCUCUCUCCAGGAUCGACUUUGAGCAAGACGUCGAGUGGCCGAACCCGGACAAGGAUAAGCCCAAGGACGGCAAGACCAAGAAGGGCGCCGUAGCACCGUCCAAGAAAGCACAGCCUGGGAAGAGAACGCAAAAGAGGCCCCCUCCAGGAAAAAGAGAACAGUCAAUCACCUCGGAAGCCCAGACGCCGCACCCAUGGACCGACUUUGUCGAUUCACAGUCGCAGUCGCAGUCGCAGACGCAGAAGGGCACGCCCACUGGGGACGACGGCACGGAGGUGGCCACGCCGAUUCAGGAUGGCGCACCUACACCCGCAGCCGCAGAGGACAUGGACAUCGAUGGUGACGAGACGCCCAAGCCAGACUCGUUCAGUAGGGAGGAUGAGAUCGAAAAGCUGCGGACCUCGGGUUCCAUGACACAGAACCCGACCGAGAUCGCCCGCAUUAGAAACAUUUCGACGGUUCAGUUCGGCCAACAUGACCUUUUCCCUUGGUAUUUCUCGCCAUAUCCCGAGGUUUUCACUCAGGAGGACGUCAUCUACAUCUGCGAAUUCUGCCUCAGCUACUACGGCAAUUACACCAGCUUUAAGCGGCACCGUCACAAGUGCACGCUGCAACACCCGCCGGGCAAUGAGAUUUACAGGGACGACUGGGUCUCUUUUUGGGAGAUUGACGGCCGGAGGCAGCGAACCUGGUGUAGGAACCUGUGUCUUCUGUCCAAGAUGUUUCUCGACCACAAAACCCUUUACUACGACGUGGACCCUUUUCUCUUCUACGUCAUGACGAGGCGGACGGACAAGGGCUGCCACCUUGUCGGAUAUUUCUCAAAGGAAAAAGAGAGCGCGGAUGGCUACAAUGUCGCCUGUAUCCUGACAUUGCCCCAAUACCAGCGCAAAGGUUAUGGCCGACUGUUGAUUCAGUUUUCCUACGAGCUUUCUAAGAUUGAAGGCAAGCUGGGAUCGCCUGAGAAACCCCUCUCUGAUCUGGGUCUCCUUAGUUACCGGCAAUACUGGAUUGAGAAUAUUGUGGACAUGCUGCUCGAGUACCACGACAAAGACGAUAGGUGCAGCAUCGAACAGAUUUCCUCAGCCCUGGCCAUGACGACGCAGGACGUCGAGCACACGCUACAGGCUUACAAGAUGCAAGUCUACCACAAAGGAGAACACAAGAUUGUUGUGCCGAACAGCCAAAUGGAGGCACACAACAAACGAGUGGAAAAGAGGAAGAAACUGUUAUGGAGAGAGAUCAAACCCGACCUGAUCCAAUGGAAGCCGCCUGUGUUCACGGCCUCUAAUAGAACCUGGGGCUGGUGAAGGACCCGAGUGAUGUCCAAUUAUGGGUUGCCUAUAUGAAGUGUAGAAUUUCAAACCAGCAUAGCGAUGAAAUCAGAUACCCCUUUCGAGCAA